UAUUUUCUUUUUGUAAAAACCCUUUGUCUUUCAGAAUGUCGUAUCUUAAGUAACGUCGUAGCACAUAAGCACAAUAUAAUUCAAUAACUGCGUAUUUGUUCUAUGGUUUUCAGAUCUGGAAAAGUUUGACUUCAUAGUAGUAGGCGCAGGCACAGCUGGCAGCAUACUAGCUAAUCGUCUCAGUGCAGUAAACAAUUGGAGUGUUCUACUUAUUGAAGCGGGUGAUGACGAACCAGUAGAAGCCAAGUUGUCUGUUUCAGAUACCAGCGUUGAAUUCUGCACUCAUGAGAAAUAAAUAUUACGAUUGGUUCUAUCAAACAGCUCCAAAUGGGAGAAACAAUUUAGCCAAUAAAAACGAAUCAGUGUUUUGGCCACGGGGUAAACUACUCGGUGGAAGCAGCAAUCUUAAUGCCAUGAUAUAUAUUCAGGGUAAUGACGCAGAUUUUAAAAAUUGGUAUGACGCUGGUAAUAAAGAAUGGAGUGUAGAAGAAGUACGCCGAUGCUUCAGAAAAGCUGAAAGUUUCCAAGAUAUGAAAGCGUUAGAAAACCCUGAAAUAUCGAAUCAUUACGGACAUGAUGGACCACUUGUCAUAAACACUUUUAAUAGUACUUUUGGCUAUAGUGAAAUGGUCCUGUGUGCUUGGGAUGAGAUUGGUAUUAAAAAUGUUGAGGACCUUAAUGUUGCCAACGUGAUGGGAUCAGGAAUAAUGAGAGCAACAGCUGCUGGUGGAAUACGCCAGAGUCAUAAUCGAGCUUAUUUGUACCCUGCGGUUCACAGGAAAAACUUGAAAAUCAUGAAAAACAGCUUUGUUACUAAGAUUUUGAUUAAAAACCUCUCCAAGACAGCUUAUGGAGUCGAAGUACGCAAAAAAUCUAGGAAAUAUAAGUUACUUGCCACAAAAGAAGUAAUUAUUAGUGCUGGUGCUAUAAAUUCUCCGCAGCUUUUGAUGUUAUCUGGAAUCGGUCCCCGAGAGCAUCUACGUGCAAAGGGUAUUUCGGUUUUAGUUGAUUCGCCAAUGGUUGGACAAAAUCUUCAAGAUCACAUUCUCUUGCCAUUUCCAAUAUACGGCAACGAGCCCGGAGAAAGGGUUGUCGCUGAUGAACAAUUUGACGUAAUCCGAUAUCUUUAUAACCGUACAGGAUACUUAGCAGAAAAUACAGUUGCAAAUAUUUUGGCGUUUUACUCCGAAAAUAAGAAUGCCACAUACCCAGAUUUCCAAAGCGAUCUACAAAUCUUAUGGAAGAACAGUUCUACUCUCCGAAAUUUGCUAGGAAAUAUCUAUAGCUAUAAAGAUCAGGUCGUAAACCCAAUCAUUAAAAUGAAUCAGAAACAUGCAAUCUAUUUUCAUGCAUUUAACUUGCUACACCCUUUUUCAAGAGGAAAUAUUUCGUUAGUUUCAAAUGAUCCUUACGAUUAUCCAUUAAUACACAACAAUUACUUUUCUGAUCCUAGAGAUUUGGAAUUAGCUGUAACUGGUAUUAAAAUGCUCACUAGAGUUGUUGACACUUCAUAUUUUCGAUCUAUAAAAGCCUUUUUAGGUAGAAUGGAGUGGCCAGCGUGUGAUGUGUAUGAAUUGGAUAGCCGAGAUUAUUGGAAGUGUAUUUGUAUAAAUAUGGCAGUGACGAUAUAUCACCCCGUGGGGACUUGUAUGAUGGGACCAGACCCCCAGACAUCUGUGGUUAGCAGUCGGUUAAAGGUGCAUGGAGUCAACAACCUUCGUGUAAUUGAUGCCAGUAUAAUGCCAACCAUUACCAGUGGCAAUAUAAAUGCACCUGUCACGGCAAUUGGAGAAAGAGGUGCAGAAUUAGUCAUAGAAGACCACAUGAUUGAAAUUUCUACGAAUAAUUGAACUCGUUACAUUAUAUAAUCGAAGUCUAACAUUAAUUAAGUUCAAAUGACGCUUCUAUUGACAUGUCUAGAAGAAAAAAUAAUUGUUUUUAAAACAUGACAAAUAUAAAACUCCAAAAUGUAUGCAAAUUGGUUUAUUUGGCUGUAUUUACAUUAAGAAAAGAGUGAUUGAACCGACUCAGUGACGCGUACAGUGAUAAAUAAAUCGUUUAGCACACACUUAUUA